GACAGUUGACAUUUUAAUUUUUGAUUUUGAAUUGAACCUUGUUUUGUUUGUUUGAAAUAAUUUCGUAAAAGGUAAGAUUUAUAAAUAAAAAAUUCCAAAUGGAAAAUUAUUUCAAAGGCAAAAAUGUUGAAGAAGAAUUGGAGAGAAGUAAAAUACCUAUACCUAAUAUUCCCGAAAAUUUCCUUUGGAUGCAAGUUAAAGGUGGUAGCAAGAUGAAUAAUUUACUAAAUCAUGUUUCGGGAAUACUACAAGAUAAAGCAGCAACUGCAGUAGUUUGGAGUGGAGCUGGUGCUGGUAUACCCAAGGCCAUUUCCUGUGCCGAGAUUAUAAAGAGACAGUAUAAUAUACAACAUCAAGUGACAAAAUUAAUUUAUAAAAGUGUAGAAGAAUAUUGGGAGCCAAAAGUGGAUGGACUUGAAACUAUUGUUGUAAAAAGACAAAUACCAGUAAUUCACAUACUACUAUCAACUGAAGAGAUAUCAGACACAAACCAGCUUGGGUAUCAAAGUUCAGUCAAGAAAAAGUUUUGGGAGAAAGAAUCAACCAGCAACUCUAAACAACAACAACAAUCAAACAAAAUUAAAAAACCAUUUAAACAAAAGAAAGCUCAAAUACAGACAUAAAUAGUA